AUGCCGCGCCGCGCCCCUCCAGAUCAGGAAUCCUCCCUUUCAGCCUCCCCGGCCCGGAUGGCUCGAGACGCCCAGGUCCCACCUCCUACUUUUGCGCCACGUGGACCCAGGGGCCGGACUGACCCGAGGACAAAGACCAAAAUGUCCACUAGGACUCUGCACUUGUCUGAGAAAAGAAUCCAGAGAAAGUGGAUCAAGUCAGGCAUUCCAAAAGCCAUGGCCCAGGGUAUGGUGACAUUCAGAGAUGUGACCAUAGAAUUUUCUCAGGAAGAAUGGAAGUACUUGGAACCUACCCAGAAGGACUUGUACAGGGAUGUGACUUUGGAGAACUUCAGUCACUUACUUUCAUUAGGAAUCUCCAUUUCUAAGCCUGAUGUCAUCUCCUUAUUGGAACAAGGGAAAGAGCCCUGGAUCCUUGCAAAGAAUAUGAAAGAACAGUGGUGCUCAGACCUGGAAUCCAGAGGUGAGAAAUUACCACAAAAAGAUGUUUUUGAAAUAGGGUCAUUCAAUUGGGAAAUAGUGGAAAGACUUAAGUGCUAUGACCUUGAGGGCUCCAGUCUGAGAGAAGCCUGGGAGGCCAGAGGCCAGUUUGAGAGGCAACAAGUAAAUCCAGAGUGCUAUUUCAAGCAGGUGAAAAUCACCUAUGGAAGCAUGCCUACUUUUGAGAACCACACAGCCUUCAUGCCACAUCCUGGCAAUGAGACCAGUGAGAAGCUGAUUCAGUGUAAGGAGUGUGGGAAAGCAUUUACUCAUGGUGGACACCUCACUCAACAUCAGAGUACUCAUACUGCUGAGAAACCCUUUGACUGUAAGGAAUGUGGGAAGGCCUUUCGUCGUGCCUCACACCUUGUUCAGCAUCAGAGAAUUCACACAGGUGAGAAGCCUUAUGACUGUAAGGAAUGUGGGAAGGCCUUUGGUCGGACCACUGAGCUUAUUCUCCACCAGAGACUUCAUACUGGUCUCAAACCCUAUGAAUGUACAGAAUGUAGAAAGACUUUUAGACAGCAUUCACAACUUACUCUACAUCAACGAACUCAUACAGGCGAGAAACCCUAUGUCUGUAAAGACUGUGGGAAGGCCUUUAUUCGUGGCUCACAACUUACUGUACAUCGGAGAAUUCAUACAGGUGCUAGACCCUACCAAUGUAAAGAAUGUGGGAAAGCCUUUAGACAGCAUUCACAGCUUACUGUACACUAUAGGAUUCAUACUGGUGAGAAACCGUAUGAAUGUAAGGAAUGUGGGAAAGGCUUUAUACAUAGCUCAGAAGUUACUAGGCACCAAAGAAUUCAUUCUGGGGAGAAACCCUACAAAUGUAAGGAAUGUGGGAAGGCCUUUAGACAGCAUGCACAGCUUACUCGACAUCAAAGGGUUCACACUGGUGACAGACCCUAUCAGUGUAAGGAGUGUGGAAAGGCCUUCAGCCGUAGUUCAUACCUAACUCAACAUCAAAGAAUCCAUACAGGUGAUAAACCCUAUGAGUGUAAAGAAUGUGGGAAAGCCUUUAUUCGUGUUUCACAGCUGACUCAUCACCAGCGAAUUCAUACUUACGAGAAACCUUAUGAGUGUAGGGAAUGUGGAAUGGCCUUUAUCCGUAGUUCACAACUUACCGAACACCAGAGAAUUCAUCCUGGUAUCAAGCCAUAUGAGUGUAAAGAGUGUGGGCAGGCUUUCAUCCUUGGCUCACAGCUCAUUGAACAUUACAGAAUUCAUACUGGUUAG